AGUGUGCAGACACUGUAGAUGUAUUUGCAGUCGUGCAUGCGUACAAGAUAGCUUUUCAAGAUUAAUCUGGUAAAGAAUGCAAAUAGAUCUAUUCUCUGUGUAAUUCCCCAACUUUCUGUGAAUGGUACUUUGAUCACUCAGUGUUGUCACAUAGAUCAGAUUGUGCUGCCACCAUGAGGUGGAAAGAGAAAUGACAUUUUAGUAAUUCUGUUUGUUUCAUUUUAAUGUAAAAGCGAAGGCCCGUAUAAAAUCUGACUUAGGUCCAUGAUUUGGACACGCCCCCAUACAUACUACAUAUGUGUUGUUGUAACAAGUGAAUCAACUGAAAAGGAAAACAUUUAUUUACAAGGGGUCACUUUAAAAAAAAAAAGUUUUUUUUUUAACACUGGAAAUCCUCUCCUCUCUCAAACCCAGACUGCAGCCGAUGUUGAAGAACUGUUUAGGAAAAGCAGCUGUUUGUUGUUGCCCACUCACCCCUGAGUGACAGCCAUGAGCUACAGUCAGUAAAAUAAAAAGCACAAUCGACAGGCACGGUUUGAAGCUCUUAUUCUGAAAAGUCAAACCGGUAGUACAUUCACUUUCAGGAAAUGCAUGACAUAACUAAACGAUGCCGUAUGUAAACAGAGUAAAACAGCCGCGUUUCAGUUAUUGAUCCUUGUCAUGAAUGAAGCGGCUCACCGAGGGGACUCGUUAACGGGUAGAAGCCUUCCUGAGGUUCAGUGUGUUUAAACAAGCUGGUGGCUGAUGAAUAGUGAUGGAGCUGUCUCAGAGGGAGCGUCUAUCGGAGUUGGUGGAGGAACUGACCACAUCAGGACAGCCACAGCUCAACCAAGACAAAAUGAAGGAGGUCAAAAAGCUCUGCAAAGUGUCUAAUGACUGCAUAGACCAUGUAUACCACUCAGUGAUGUCCCAGCUAAACCAAGAACAUGCUGAGAUCCGGCUAUCUGCCUUCCAGAUCGCCAGUGAGCUCUUCUCCAGGUCACACCACUUCAGGAUGCUGCUAGUAGACAACUUCCAGGAGUUCUUGGAGCUGACGGUAGAGACUGAUUCAGAGCAGCCCCUCCCUCCUCCUAAAGAAGUAGCCAGGAAACUGAGAGCUCUGGCAGUCCAGACUGUGCAAUCAUGGCAAACGUCUUAUGGCUCUGCUUAUAAGAAGCUGGCACUGGGCUAUAACUUCCUCAAACAAGUUAAAAAGGUAGACUUCCAGGACAUUGAGGCGAGAACAGUAGCAGAGAGGACGAGGGAGGAGGAAAGACGGAGGAGAAUGGAGAGGAUCUACAAGGAGAAAGUAGAAGCAGCAGCUAAAGAAAUGGAGGAGUCACAGCAAGAAAUAGAAGCAACGCUGACAGAGAUGGAAUCGUGCCUGAGGCUGCUUUUCCCAGAUUUCAGCCCCAUAGACAUCCAAACAGCCAACAGCAGCCCCUCCAACUCCCAGCCAGCCACUAAGUGUCCUUCAGAUGAUGAGCAGCCCUGCUGCAGCAAAGACCUGAGGGCUGAUGGCAGAGUGGGAAAGGUCCAAGAAAGAGAGGAAAAUACAGGAAGCAUGGGAAUGACAGAGGAAAACAAAAAGAACUGGAAGGAGAAAAGAGAGAGGGAAAAAACAAAGAAAAGGUCUGAAGGUACAGAAGGCAAGGAUGGGGAGAAGCAGGAAAUGGACAAAAGUAAGAAAGCUGAAAGGAGGGAAGUCAUGGAGGUGGAGCAAGAAGAAGAGAGCGAGCAGGAGGAAAGUAAUACAGAAAAUGAAGAAGAAGAGGCUGAUGUUGAAGACUUUAUCAGGAACUCUGGCCUCAUAUCUCACUCCUACAGUCUGGAUCUGAACCUCAGUCCUGGUCUUCAUGUGAAGGAGACGGAGGAUAACGAGCCAGUGGUUUCCACUGUGAUAGACCUCCAUAAACUCAUAACAACCAAACAUCUGCCAGCUGUGCAGGGCUGGGUUCAGGUGUUCACCAAAUCAGGUGCUGAGGAGCAACUGUUGAGAAGAGCACUUGACCUGAAGAGGUCUUUGGAAGCCACGCUGCAGAAACACAAAGAGCUUCACAUCGACUACAAGGCCAGGGUCCGCAAAGUGAUGAAGGUCUCUUCAGAUGGAGAGGAGGAGGACGACGACGAUGAUGAUGAUUUUGAUGAAGUUCCAGAGAAAGAAGGUUAUGAGCCACACAUUCCAGAUCAUCUGCGAGCCGAGUACGGUUUGGAUCCCUCUCCUUCCACCUCAACAGGAUCAGUCGCAGAAAAGAAACCUUCCACUAAAAAACCUGCAGCUCCUCCACUUUCUUCCUCCUCCUAUUCUUCAAUGAGGCGGCUAAAGCAGCUUGCAGAAGAGGUUCAGGAUCCAACCUCUGUUGUCGCCACACUGCACCUCCUUAGAGAGAAGAUGCCACCACCCAUAGAAUCCAGCAGCAGCUCCUCGGAGCCCAGUUCAUCUCAGUCCAGUUCAAAGCAGACCAGUGUCAACGCUCCAGUGGUUCCAUUUGGUUUGGACCUGUUCUACUGGGGUCAGGAGCAGCCCAGCGCUGGCAGGAUCAUUAAGUCAGCCUCUCAGCACCAGUUCUGGGUUCCAGCAGAGGUGGAGGAGGAGGUGGAGAAUGAAGAGAUGCUGGCAGAGAGCAGGAGCAGAUACAUCUCCUUCCCUGGGAGCUUCGUUCCUGUUAGCCAUUUCUGCAGAGCUCCACUGAGUGAUGGCAAGCUCUGUCAGCGGCAAGACCGCUUCAAGUGUCCUUUCCAUGGCCCCAUCAUUCCACGAGACCAGGAGGGUCGACCCUGCCGGCAGGAGGACCGAGAGAGGGAGGAGCAGGAAGAAAGGAGGAAGAGAGAGCAGCAGCCUGAUUGGCGAGAUGCAGAAUUGAUGCGAGACAUUGAGGCAGCAACAGGAGAGGACCUGGGUUCUGACCGGCUGGGCGGUAAAAAAAGGAAAGGAAAGAAGAAGAAAUACCCCCACCUCAGCGACCUGAAGCAGAGCACCUACACGUCCCGCUGCAGACUAGAGAAGAAAGUCUUUAACAAGAGUUCCCUGAGAAGAGUGGCUCAGGUGAUGAAUAAGGCUGACAAGAGAAAACACGACAAGUUCUCCAACCAGUUCAACUAUGCUCUCAACUAAGCUCGUGUGCCUUUAACUGAAGUCAGACGGGUGGAGUGUUGCUCUUAGUAACCUUUCAGCCCCCGUUACAGGACCGCUCCUGUGUUUAUCGUUUGUUAUUUAUAUGUCUCUUUUAUGUCUCCACCUCUUGUAGAGAUUCAGGGAAACAAGGAGCUAAAGAAUGCAUUGUCACAUUUCAAAUUGGAACUUUUUGUAUUUGUAGUUGAGCUUAUGUGAGGCUGACUCUGUAGGAACAGGGCUGGGAACAGUGAAGGAGGCGGAAGCUGGAAGACUGAAUCGCCAAACUUGAUCCACAGUUUUGUACAAUAAAGGUGAAAUGUUAAGAGUCCAGAGUUGUUGUUUCUUUGUAAUGAAAGAAGAAGUGUUUCAAUAAUUGCUGGGAAAUAUGAUGAUAAAGGAAAUCUGAUGAUAAAGGAUUCUGUGUGUUCUACCUCAAAGCUGAUGCUCGAUACAGGACAUGAAAGUUGUUUCAUAUGAUAUGACUUCUGUGACAGCUGAUUGCUAAAGCUAAUGAUCAACUGACUUUUACACUUUCUAUAUUCUUAUUACAUUGGUGUUUUGUGUGAUUGACAGGUUUCAAAUGCGUUUUAGUGAGAAUAAAAUU